UGAAAACAAUCGGAGCGCAGCUAUAGGGUAUUUUACAUUUAUUUUUCCGCCUGUGCGCGUCCUCCAUCACGUCCUAUACUGGGAACACGAUGUUACAGUAUACAACGCUGACAUGAAGCAAGGGAGGGGCUGCUGCAAACCACACUGAUAGAAUGAAUGUAAAGAGCCUAAAGAACACUUCCUGUUGAUGCAAAAAUUGCAGCAGCAACUGUCUGACACAUCUGGACUGGAGAGGGGGGGGAGGCCUGGCUGUAGCGUUAGCGAACCACUGAGGGGAAUGGACAACGUUUAAUGCUAAUCUGCAAGACGGCUGUCAGCAAACUGGAGAAACAUAUCCAAGAAAUGGACGACGGCAGCUACAUCGAGUUUGAUGUGCCGGAGUUCAGCAACACUGUUCUGACCCAACUCAAUGAGCUGCGGCUGCAGGGGAAGCUGUGUGACAUCAUUGUUCACGUUCAGGGCCAGCCGUUUCGAGCCCACAAGGCUGUGCUGGCAGCUAGUUCACCCUACUUCCGUGACCACUCAGCUUUGAGCACUAUGAGUGGCCUUUCCAUUUCGGUCAUCAAAAGCCCUGAGGUGUUUGAACAGCUUCUUGCUUUCUGCUACACAGGUCACAUGUCUCUGCAGCUCAAGGAUAUUAUCAGUUUCCUCACCGCUGCCAGCUUUCUGCAGAUGCAGGCGAUCAUUGACAAGUGCACCCAAAUCCUGGAGAGCCUCCAUUCCAAGAUCAGCCUCCCACCUAGUGUCAGCAGCCCAGAGAAAGACAGCUUGCAGACCAGCCGCAACGGGGUCAAUGACAGCAACCUCUUUAUAAAUCCCACCCAGAUCUCCCCCCCUUACUACUCCCGACAGAAUCAGGCAGGGAAUGAAGUGCGCUUGGAGCUGGGAGGAAAAAGCCUGAGCCGGGUGAGACAGCAACAAGAGGAAGGCCAGUCAGAUCGUGGCAGUAGCGAUAGUGUGUCAGAGCAUGAUGCUCCCAUGGAGGGAGAAACGGAGCAAGUGGAACUAAUUGGUAAAGAUGGGCAAGUAACAGAUGUGCAUGUGAAGAUAGAAAAGACUGACAGGCCAACUUACUCAGACAGUUCCUCAGCUGGUGAUGAUGGCUACCACACAGAGUUGGUGGAUGGAGAGCAGGUAGUGGCUGUCACUGUGGGCUCUUAUGGUCCUGUAAUCCAGUCUGCUUCCUAUUCUUACUCAGGGCUGCCCUCCCCGUGCUUUGUUAACCUUAGCAACACCAGUCCUUCUCGCUCCAUACUCAGUGGCUUCAGAGGUGGCCGAGCCAGGGCAAAGCGCCCAUUGGCUAUCCCAGCAGGGGUGCUGAGUCAUGUUAAACCAGGCUCAGAAGAUGGCGAAUCAGCUGUGGGACCCGCAGGUUUGGAGAACGAUGUGCGAGAGCGUAGCCUACGGAGCCAGUGGUACCCCUACAGUGAGAGACUCAUUUGCAUCUACUGUGGAAAGACCUUCAAUCAGAAAGGGAGCCUGGACCGCCACAUGCGCCUGCACAUGGGAAUCACCCCAUUUGUUUGUAAAUUCUGUGGCAAGAAGUACACAAGGAAAGACCAGCUGGAGUACCACAUUCGUGGCCACACAGACAACAAGCCCUUUCACUGUCAGAUCUGUGGGAAAUGCUUCCCAUUUCAGGGCACCCUUAACCAGCACCUGAGGAAGAAGCACCUGGGAGCAUCAGAGGGCAGCAAUCAUAUGGACUCUCCAGAAAGGAUGGAGGGAAGCUCAGGUCAGAAGGACCAAGAGGAUACGUCUGAGGGGAUGGCCUUUGAGGCACAAUAUGCAGAAGAGGCACCAGCCAAUGAUAUGGAGGAGAGUUCAAAAUGCAGUCCGGAGGAGGCUCAAGCAUCAAGAUGUGAUUUUUAGGUCCUGCUUCAGGUUAAGGAAGCUUUAAGAAAUGUUUAUUUCAACACAAUAUAAAGGACUCUCUUCUUUUUGAAUCAGCUCCCGCUACUAUGGACGUUUCUUUCUUCAAGGGUUUCUGUCAGUUUUGUGAAAGUUAGAUGAGAACAUGGGUGCUUUAUGGAAUUCAGAUUCUUUCAAGUAAAGGGAGUAACGACUUACUAUUUUUAAGGUGGUCCCAAUAAUCAAGACCCCCGGAUUGAUUUCUCUUUUUAUCUUUCCAUGUUUUUUAAAACAUAUUUACAGAGUUAUAUAGGCAUGUUGCAAUAAUUGAUAAUGUGAAAGCUCUGGUAAGAUGCUUGUCAUAUCACCUUUUUACCUAACCUGUUUUUGCACAUGUGGCCACAGGAGGCCACUUACACACAAGGAAUGAUUUUUCUGCCAGUGCAAAGCUUCGUGUGACAUAUCUGUUCAAUACCUCAUGAUGCAACUACAUACUCAUAACAGACAGUAUUUUAACUUAAAUGAAACUCACCAGGUUCUACCUCAUAGCCAAGAACCUACCAGGCACAGAUGUGUUCAACGUUUGAAAUCCGUUCUAGGUUUUUUUGUACAGUAUCUUAUUGCCAAACCCUGUAAAGAAUAUUCUUUCAACACAAAGCCUUGAUACUUAGGGGAAAUAUUCCUUGCUGAUUGUAUGGAUUAGGGACAAAGUCCUUGUCAAAUGUUUCAUGGUUAGCCAGGAUAAAAUGAUUAAGAAGGUGCUAUGUUAGGGGUAGAAAGUUUGCUGGCCUACUUGUGUGCUAUUGGGCAAAUAUGGAGAAUAGCGUAAGAGAAAUUACUCUGUUAUUUUUCAAGAUAAAAUUUUGCUGUCUUGUAACAUUUAUUCUUCAGAACACUUCAGGAUUUUAUCUCUCAUCACUACUGGAGAUCUCACUAGGUUGGCCUAGGUGUGGUUUUAGAUGCUGCCAUCCAUGUAAUGGGUGAAUCUCAUCCAUACAGUGAAGUAAUUUGUAUUCCUCUAUAGCCUUGUGCGAGGUUUCUUCAAAACUAUUGUAUAUGUAUUUGUUUUCUCCUGAGGUAGGCUUCCAGUUUGAUACUCAGUGUCGAACAGAGACAGUGAGUACUCACUGUCAACUCAGCACACCAGGAACAGCUCUGGAUCUGUUCACCUAAAUCACUAUACUAGUCUGAACAAUAUGCAAGAAGAAAGAACAAAGGAAUCUCAGCCAUUGUGACAUGGUUUUUCUUCCAUUAUUUGAAAGAGCUCUGGGUUUGUUUUCCAUUGUGUCCCGUACAAUGGGACAGUUGAUCUGUGAUCUUCAUUUUCUGCAUUGUUUGGUGUCAGGUGCAGACUUGGAACACGUUUUCCUCAUUUGUCAAUCCUACUUUAUGGUGUUGUCAAGGUUAAAGAGGUAAAUGUUUUAAGAGGUAGCUGAUGAUCCAAAGUAUCGAUGCACUUUGCAGAGUUGUUGGGUGGGUUGGGUGCUGUCCCAGUGAUAAAAAUGUGUUGAUCUGUCUUAAUUGUGAGGAUUUUUACUCUGAGUAAAAAAAAAAAAAAAAUAUUGUGAGCUUUGAUGAGACUCUGCAAUCACAUAAAUACUUUUGGCUACAAGUCAUGUAUAUGGUAACAUUUUAUCUAUACUAUUUGAAUUAUGGGAAUCGGGGAUGGGGUGUUGUCAGAAUAUAGAGAUUUAUUUCCAUUGUGAUUUUAAAAAAAAAGGCACUUAAAAGGCCUGAUUUAUAAUAAUUUACAAAUUUAAAGCUCAGCUGGGUGGUUCAUUUUGUGCUAUCUUGCUUUCUUAUUUGCCAUCCAGCUGGUUAAUGCCUUUUGUUUUUCAAGAGCACCUGCUUUAUGCUUUUAUUUUGUCCCAUCUGGUCCGUGCUGAAUUUGUGUCAAUGAAUUGCAAAUUGACUAUUUUACUGUUUUCAUAUUAUUUUCUACGUUGUGUGCAUUUGGUGGGAGAAUCUUGCGUUUUGUUGCUUAUGUCAGAUUUUAUAUAAUGAGUGCAGUCCUUUUUAUUCCUUUGAAUGUGCAUUCGUCGUCUUUACUCAUCGACAGUUAAAGACAGCAAACCAAAAUUUGGAUAAUUUUGCAAAAUCGGUAUAGCUAGCGUUUCAUUAUCUUUAGUGUACGAAUCUAUCACAAACACUCUUGUUCAUCAUCGUCACCAGUUUGUCAGCCUAUACAGUACUUUUUUAGAUGAAUGUUUACCAAGUCAGCUAUAUUUCUGUCAGUGGCUGAUACGUGCAGGGUUGCCAGCUGAUCUGACCUCAACAAAAUCAGUUCCUUACUAAUUUGAACCUCACUAUGAUGAUUUUUGCCCUUGUUGCUUGGAAAAGAACAAUAGACGCAAAAAAAAGAAAAGAAAAAAAGAAGCAUUUCUUCUUGGAAUAUUGUCAGUAAGCUUUUGUGAACAACAAGUACAAACUGCUAAAAUAUUUUUGUGCCAAGAGACCACACCAAAGACUAAUAGGGGAUUUUUUUUUUUUUUUUUUUUUUAACAGUAAAUUUUGACUGGAUUGUGUAAUUGAAUGCUCAUUAGGAACAAUAGGUUCUUAAUUUAAUUUAGGACUAGUUAAUUGCUAUUUGCAAAAGAAUGUAUGUUUCCCAGCUUAUAACAAUCACUUGUGUAAAAAAAUAAUAAUAAUAAUUGAACAAGCAGAAAUUAAGUAGCAGUCGUAAGUAACAUCCAAUAUUAAGCCAUAGAAAACCUGACAAUAUAAAAGUUGUGCAGUAGGUAUUGUAAUUGUUUAAAGCCAGCGUAACCAAGAGAGAGACUACUUCACAAAAACUGGCAUCUUAAACUUAGUGCCUUGCCACAAGCUUUAUAUUUCAGACUCUGGCACUUGUAUUUUUGUGCCUCUUUAAUUUUGAAAUGGAUUAAAUGGAGAGAUUAUGAUGAAAUAUGGCUGUAUCUUUUAUUGUGAAGUGGUGCCAAGAAUGAAUAGAAAUUAAUUCGUGUCAUUCUUGUCCAUUUUGUAGUAACCUACUUAAGCUCUGCCCCUGUGUUUUUUUUUUUGUUUUUUUUUUUUAUUUUUCUUUUAUUUUUGGUUACAUAAUGGGCAACUGAUUUUAAAGCAUAACUGAUUUUGUAGCAUUUGAUUACAAUCAGAUGAGGCAGACUUGUUCCCUGCAAGCCGCUGCCCCAUAGUCAGAGGCUAUAUUGUGUCCCCUCCUCUUUAACGACCGAGGACAAUCUAAGCAAUGUACUGUAGUUUCUGCGUUUUAGUGAAGGCAGGAGAUGCACGAGAACACAAAUCUACUUCCUUUCUGUUCUCUUUGAGAACAGACGGGGAACCAGCUGCCUAGAUAUUUAGCUAAUAGUAAACGGAGUAUUUGUGCAGAAAAAUAGCUUACCUACAUAUACUGUAGCUGAAUUGCACGCUGCUCAGCCACAAAAUUGUAUACAAUUGCCAACUGAUCAUUUUUUUAACUUUCGUUUCCUUGUAUUUGUGUCAUUGAUUGUGCACUUACUUUUUUUUUUUACAUACCAGUUCUAUCCGGAUAGUCUCGUUUAUCUCUGUAAUUACCUGUUAGGGACUCAGUUAUAAAGGCCUCAGUCACUUCUGUAAGGACCUCUCCCCUCAAAUGGUGCUUUUAUAUUCAGUUUUUUUGUCCUUCUCAGUACGUAAGUCCAUGUUUUUGUUGUGGAUGAACACAGGGGUAAUUGUUUAAACGUUUUUCAUGUAGUUACUUACAUGGCAGUAAAAACCUACAGAAACCAACUAAACUUGAUAGACACGCGAAUCGACCCUGUUUGUCAACUCUUAGUUCCACCUCGCUGAGAGGGACAGGACAUGCAUUUUGGGCCACAAGUAUUCAAAAAGAAGUGUUUACAAGGAAGGCUGUUGGACUACUUUUUUUUUUUUUGUUUUUUUUUUUUUUUUUGUAAUUGCAGCUUGUCCUAUUCCUUUUGUAAGAAACUCACUUCAGGUAGUUUACGAACACUGAUACAGGCUUAGAAAAAAUCGUAAGUCUUCCAUAGCUUUUCUGUCAGUUUCUGUCCACUGUGUAUUUUUUUUUUUUUUUUUUUUUAAAGGAGAAGCAAUAACCUUUUUAAAAGUGAAAGUGGUGUAUUGGGAUCAUCAAACCUUUUGAAAUAUUGGCCUGUCAUGUAUCAAACAAACCGAAAGUCAGGGAGCUGUUGAAUUGAAGGAGGACCAGGACAAUUUGAUAUUGAUUUAUUUUUUAUAUAUUUUCUGAAACUUUG